AUCGAUAGAAUCCAAUAUUUUGUACUGAUGUGUUGUUUAAUGCAUGAAAAAAAACACGCGUGCUUUUUAUUCCCGUGAAUUUUGUUUUUGUUUUGUAAUUGUAAAAAUUUGCAAAAGCCGAUUACACAGGUGAAAAAAAUGACCAAAGGAUUUCACAAAAAACCAAGUAAACGAAUACCGGCCAAACGGCGGUAUAAAAUCGAGAAAAAAGUUCGUGAUCAUAAUCGAAAAUUACGAAAAGAAUUGAAAAAGAAAACAACGGCAAGAAAUAAACGCAAAGAUCCUGGAAUUCCGAAUAGUUUACCGUUUAAGGAACAGAUUUUGAAUGAAAUUCAAGAACAUAAGAAAAUUGCCGAAGAAAUUAAACAAGUGCAAAAAAUGCAAAUGAAGAAAAAUCGUCAGGCUAAACUACAGGAAUCUGAUGAAGAUAAACGUAAACGUGAUUUUGAAGCAUUGCUUAAGAAUGCCGAAAAACGAGCUGCUGAUUUCGAGAAUAAAACCACUGUUGAAGAAUAUUUGAUCACUGAAAAUUCCAUUUCAACUUCGAACACGAAAUCAUUUUAUAAAGAUGUUCAAAAAGUGAUUGAAGCUUCCGACAUCAUAAUCCAGGUUGUCGAUGCACGUGAUCCGCUUGGUACACGUUGUUUUGAAAUUGAAGAAAUUAUAUCAAAAGAUUAUCCAGAUAAAAAAAUCAUUUUAUUAAUGAACAAAUGUGAUCUUGUUCCGAAAAACAAUCUGAUUAAAUGGUUACAAUAUUUACGAAAUUAUUUUAUAACCAUCCCGUUUAAAGCAUCUACACAGAAUCAGAAACAAAAUCUAAGUACAAGUAAAGUGAAUAUAUUGUAUAGUUCGGAUGAGCUGAUGAAAUCCAGCAAAUGUCUUGGCGUAGAUUUUCUGAUGAAAAUUCUCAAUAAUUAUUGCCACAAUAAGAAUGUAAAAACAUCCAUUACAAUCGGUAUCGUUGGUUUUCCCAAUGUUGGUAAAUCAAGUGUUAUCAAUAGCUUGAAACGAACUUAUGUUUGUAAUGUUGGACCAACGCCUGGACUUACACGUUCGAUGCAAAUGGUAUCGUUGGAUAAGAAAAUCAAAUUAAUCGAUUCACCAGGUAUAGUUUUUGCUAAAAAUUUGGACAAUCAAUCCUCGUCAUCAUCAUCAUCAUCAUCGAUAUUGGCUUUACGUAAUGCAAUCAAUAUUGAUAAACUGAGCGAUCCAAUAUUGCCUGUACAGGCCAUUUUGAAUCGUGUAAACGCCAUUGAUUUGAUUCGAAUUUAUGGUUUAACCGAAUUCAAUACGGUUCAAGAAUUUUUGUCAUUAAUUGCAAAACGUUUUGGAAAAAUUGUUAAAGGUGGUCGUUUGGAUCUAGAAUCAUCGGCUAAAAAAGUAUUACAUGAUUGGAAUUGUGGUAAAUUAAAAUAUUAUACAAUACCACCGGAAAAUAUGGAUUCAACAAUCGAUGUAAAAUUUGUUAAUGAAAUAUCAAAAGAAUUUGACCUGAAUCAGAUGACCUAUGAACAGAUGAUGGAUGAAAAUCUGCAACAAUUUCAAAACACACCAAUCGAUGAUACAUUUGCAAUCAAACCGUUGGUGACGAAAAUUCAAAUGACAACGGCAACCGAUGAUGUUUGUAUGAUGGAACAACAACAAACUCAAACAAAUCCAUCGACGAGUCGUACUGCGGUCACAUCAUCUGAUGAUGUUGAAAUGAAAGAAGUAUCGGGCAUGCAAUUGAAUAAAAAUAUUCGAACACAAUUUAAGAAGGUGAAAAAACAACGAAAAAAGGAUGCCAAAUUAUCCAAUCAAUUGGAACAGAUUAAUCUACAAGAGGAUUAUGAUUUUGAUGAUUAUUUUUAAUAUAUAAAAAGAAAAAAAUUUUAAA